AUCGCUUGACCUCCCCCAACAAAAGAAAAAUACCUUGUAAAAAAGGCAAACCCGAUUAAAGACACAGCCAUAACAUCUUCAUACCCAGAGCUAGGCGCAAUUUUUCUUAAUAAAAGCGAGCAUAAAUCAAAUUAGCUGUACCAUUUUGCUUAAAUGCGACAUGAAAGUGUGGGAAUUACUCACCAAUUUAUGCAAAUCCGAUGCACACACAAACGCAGGCAAGGCGCAGACAAUCGAACCAGUUCCCAAUACCGGGGCAUUGUUGAUAUUUUAAUUGUCUCUUGUUGACAACAAGCAGCCAGCGACGAGCCAGCCACAAACAGAGCCCAGUCGAAAUUAAUCUACUAAUCAGCAUCGAGGCUGUGCGAUCCUAAUAACUGAAGAGCAGAGUUCGGCCAAAAUACAGACCCAACUGGCGCUAAAUACAAUAUUAUUUGGCUCGGCCCAGAGACCAUUAGUCAAGAGGCGAGGGCGUUGAAUUUAAAUACAUUUGUUGGCAUUUGGCUCUUAUAUCUAAUGUUUUAGUGAGCCCGCCCAAAAAUAGAAAACCAAAAACCAUCGGAUGAUAAAUGAUCUGCAAAUCGCCGACCCGAGAUGUGAGAUUGGAGAUGUGAAAAGAGCAUAACGAAAAGUCGUGUCAAAACAUUGGGGGGCACAUCAUGUCUGCCUGUAUCUUCAAACACAUAUGCCUCAGAAUUAAUUAUUGGAGCUUCCAAAAUUUGUUUGGGGGAUUUUUCUGGGUCUGCCGGUUCUGGGUAAUCGAGUUUUCUUGAUCAUUUUCAAGGUUGUUCUCGGGUCGUGAACUCUUACGGGCCGAGAAAAUGAAAAACGAGUUUUAAAGUUUCUUGGAAACUUCAUCUUUUAAACGAAAGUUGUACACAAAAUUAAAGAAAUAAUAACAUUAAUCAAGCUCAGGGCUAAAGGGCCUUAAACUUGGUCCGAUUUAAUUAAUUUGUUUUUUAUUUUUUAAUAAAAAGUUUACAAAGCCUCGUAAAAUUACGAAAUUCUAAUAAAAGGCUCAUAAAAACCCAGACCUGCAGCUUCUGUUCCCCCAUUUUCAUGCACAAUUAAUUUUGCGUUUUUGUCGAGCAAGUUCGUUGCCUAAGUCUUUUGUUUCGGCAGCCCUAAUUGGCGACCUGCGGCUGGAAAAUGGCAAAGAAAACGCUAAUUGGCACAAACUUUUCACAAAUUUUCACAAAUCACCGUUUAAAAGUAGAGUCCAGGGGCUGCUUCGCAAACAGUCUCUUAGAAACCGCGAAAUGUUCCACUUAUUUUGGCUAAUUUCCCUUACGCUGCUCUUCGGCAGGGCGCUGGGCCAGGGAUCGCGAUCCUACUUGCCGCCGGGGAACCCCGCUGCCCCGGAGCCGAUCAUCACCAAGCACUUCUACAGCGUCUCCCCCGCCGAGGACCCGGAGGACUCGGAGCCGAGGACCAAGCACUUGGUGAUUGGCCAGCCUCGAAGGAACUAUCGGGUGAUCUUCAUCCGGGCCCCGGGGGCGCACAGCGAGCGAGUCAAGUACACUGCUGAGGUGGCGCCCCAGGAAGAGCGCACCGUCAUCUACGUGCUGACCAGGAAGCAGCCGGAGUUGGAGGCCGCGGACAUUGUGGCGCCGCCGGAACGGCACCAGUCGGAGCAGAAGCCGGACAUUUUCUUCAUCAAGUACAAGACCAACGAGGAGGCGGCCGCCGCCCAGAAGGAGAUCCAGAACCAGUACGACACCCUGGGUGGCAACAGCGAGAUAGCAGCCCCCUAUGUGGCACCUGUUCAGUCGGUGGUUGGAGCCCUGGGUCCCCAGUACCAGCCGCAGCCAGCGUCACCGGGCUAUCACUAUGACAGGCCAACUUCAACGCUGUUGGCGCCAGUGGAGCGAUCUUACUGACAGUUUAUAUUGUUUUUUUUUUUUUUUGUUUUUUCUGCCAAAACCCACCACAACCCACAAACCCUAGGGUUCACAAUUUAUACAGAUGUAUCCGCCAGUCGUUGAAUAUUCCAUGCUAUUUGCAUAUAAUUGAUAAGCCAUUUCCACAGCCAGAUACGAAUUUAUCAUAAAAGCUGGCGAACGCGUAAAUAAAAAUGGUUUCUUUUAAUUAUAUUUUUGUUGUAUAAUUUUGGCAAACUUUUUUUCUUUUUAUGUUUUUGGUGAUAUCAGAUUGGUGCGUGUUUUUUAUUAUUUCUUUUUUGCAAAUAAAAAAAUUUGCAAAAGUGCUUUGACCCUGUGACGAAGGAGAGGAAUUUGCAAGAAGUGAAGCGACGAGCUUAUUGGUUUUUUCUUUGAAAUAUUAGUUCUUUUGUGAUUAAAGUAUAAAUGGAAUUAAAAAGUGUAAAAAAUUAGAAGCACACAAAAUAUAACUUAAUUUAAUAAGGGAGAGUAAAUUGUUAAUUAAAUCAAUGAUAUGGUUUGUAGUAAAAACUAAGAGAAGAACUUGUUGGCUAUUUUUUGUUAAACAAGUUAUUUUUAAACUUAUAAAACAUCGUGUCUAAAUAAAAUACCAAAUUUAAAUAGUUAAAGAAAAUAAUUAAAAUAUAGUAUGUAAAUGUAGUAGCAUUGGUAAUAUUUUUUCUGAUUUGUAUAACUUUAAAAUGGUGUAUUUAAAACUGCAUGCUGCAAAAUACAAAUUAUAAAAUAAUUAUAAUUAAAAAUUUUUCCUAUGCCAACAGUAUUCCAACAUCUGAUAUAUUCAUCAAAAUAAGCACCAGAAUAUUAUUUCUACUAACCGCUUAUUCUGUUGAAAUUAAGGAUUAUAGUUUUGGUUCAUAGCCUUUUUUUUACGAAAAUUUCAGAGAAUCUAAGCUUCUAUUUAAAGAUUUGUCAAACUAAAA